AGCAAGGUAGGCGCUGCUGCUGGAACGAAUCGCAGUCCCUGCAGUGGGGCUCGUGGAUGGGAAAGCUCCACUCGUCCAUGUACUAAUUUAUGAAAGCGGGUAGUUACAUUUGGAAGCGAAUGCCGUUUACAAAACGGUGCCUUAUUGGAAGAUGUAAAUUUCUAAUCAAUUUACAGGAACCUUAGUACUAGGCUAAUGACAAAAAUACAUGUAAGCAAUGCAUACGCUUGUUUUAUUUGUUCUCCAAACAUUUUAUUAUACUGAAUUAAGCCGAUAGCCGAGCCCUCCUGUAGCAGCACUGAACACACACACACACACACACACACCAGGGCUGCCAACACACACGCACUGGCCGUGAGACUCACACAUUUGAGCAUAUUCUCACGCUCACACGCAUUGGUAAAAAAGUGUCACGCAAUUUUUGGGGUCAGUUUCUAACACUCUUCUUGGAAGACACUGUAACUGAAUGGCUGCACGUGUAAUGUUUUUAUUUAUUACUGCUGAAAAGUCAGAGUGUCGUACUUCAUCUGCCGGAAUGAACCACCUUGCUAACCAGUCAGGGGUUCGCGGGAAGAAUUGUAACAGUCCAUCACAAGUCCUCCGCGAGUUUAAGCAGCGGCGAGCGGGAAAUGCGACAGAGACAGCAGUGAGAGGUGCAGAUACAAACCCCGGUACAGCUUGAGAGAUGAGUAAAUCAAACAAGCCAAACCAUGCAAAGGGCUCUAGAAGACAGCAACAACCCAAAGUGUGUCUACCAGGAUCAAAGCGAAAAGUACCAGAGAGCCAAAAACUGACAGCCUUCUUUGGCCUAGGAAGGCUUGACACACCACUGUCACCAGAACCUGGUCAUGCUGAUGUACCUGCUGAAAAGGCAGCCAGGAUAGAGUGUGUAGGGGAAGAUUCAGCUGAUGGGACAGAACCAGAUGACUCUACAAAAAAGUCUGUGCCAGCCAAGAAGUCAAAUUCUUCUGGAAAAUCAAGAACCAAAUGUGGGGCAGCCACUUAUAAAUCCAAAUUCCAGCCCGGGUGGACAACAGAAUGGCCCUUUAUUAAGAAGGGACUCACGCAGCAUCAUUUUUGGUGCGAGAUUUGCAGAACUGAGAAUGCUUGUUACCAUAUGGGCCAUGCAGAUGUGGAGCGUCACAUAGAGAGCGAGUCACACCAGAGGAAGGUCAAGGCAGUGGAGCAAUCGCAGCAAAUUACCAAAUUUACAGUGAACACAGCUCCAAAGGUGGAUAACAUGACACAACUUGAGGCGAAGGCACGACGAGCUGAGAUCAAAGUUGCUGUGACGAUGGUAAAUCACAAUGUCCCCCUUGCAGUUGCUGACCACUUCAGCCCACUGAUGAAAGAGUGUUUUAAGGAUUCAGAUGUGGCACAAAGAUAUGGUGCUGCAAGGACCAAGACUACUUGUAUUAUCAACAGGGCGAUAGCACCAUACCUUCAUGAUGAGCUGGUCAAAAAGAUGAGAAACAGGCCAUACACCUUGUCAACUGAUGGAUCAAAUGAUACAGGAAGGGAAAAGAUGAACCCAUUGACUGUGAAGCUGUUUGAUGUAGACAGGGUGGAACACAUGUUCCUAGAUAUGUGCAUCACAACUGGCACUAAUGCUGCCACAGCAGAGACCAUUUUUGAAAAAAUGGACAGUAUCCUCAAGAAGGAUAACAUCCCAUGGCAAAACUGUGUAGGUCUGUCAGUGGACAAUGCCAAUGUGAACAUGGGUGUCUGUAACUCUAUCAAAUCAAGGAUAUUAAGCAUAAAUCCGACUGUUUAUGUCCAUGGUUGUCCUUGCCACAUAGUUCACAACAAUGCCAGUGCUGCUGGGACUCAUUAUAUUGAGUUGUCAGACUUUGAUGUGGAGGAUGUGGUUGUAGAUAUUGGAUACUGGUUCAAAGCAAGCACAAAGAGAAAAUGUAGACUGGAUGAAUUCUGUGUGUUUUGUGAUACUGAGUACAUGGCUGUCAUAGACCAUGUUUCCACACGGUGGCUGAGUCUGGAGACGGCAGUAGUCCGCAUUCUACAGCUGUAUCGAGCACUUGUCAGCUACUUCAAGUCUAACAUUGAGAAACAAGCCCGCUUUAAGAGGCUUAGGAAGCAUUUUGAGGAUCCAAUGACAGAGGUACACCUCUUAUUCUACCAGGCCACACUGCCUGUCUUCACAGAGUUUAAUUUACUCUUUCAGCGCCAAGAGCCAUCUGUGUAUCUUCUCCAUGGACAGAUGAGGUCUUAUGUUAAGAAACUCAUGUCCAAGUUUGUUACCACAACUGCAAUAAAAAAUGCUGAUGUGUGUGAAGUUGAGUAUAAGGACAAACAGAACCAGGUGGCAGAUCACAAGCUUAAUGUUGGCUGGACAACAAGAACAACCCUCAACCGUCUGCAUGAAGCUGGUGAGAUCAGUCAGUACCAGGUAGACAACUUCCACAAGGCUGUGAGGGCAUUCUUUGUUGCAGCUGUUGACUAUGCCUUUAAGAAGCUGCCCUUCAAGGAGCCAGUCCUUGAACAUUCACAAUUCAUUGACUUUCAACAGAAGAUGGACUGUGAUGUGAAUGAUGCCCUAUACUUUGUGUACAGGUUUAGUCAUCUGCUUCCAUAUGGAGAUCCCAAAGAACAGGACAAGUUGAGUGAGGAGUUCCUGGACUAUCAACUUAUGGAGGAAAAGGACAUUCCCAGAAGCAUUUGGGAGCAGGCGGUGAGCAGAGUCAGUGAGCAGGAGGUGUACCACAGGAUGGAUAAAGUGUGGGCACACAUGGCCACAAUCAAGAGUCCAGUAACAGGAAUGCCUAAGCUACCCAUGCUGAGCAAGGUGGCACAACUAAUUCUAACCCUGCCACACUCUAAUGCUGAUGCAGAAAGAGUUUUUUCAAUGAUUGGACUAAACAAGACUGACACACGGAAUGCUCUGGCCUUGGAAGGCACACUGUCUUCUAUAAUGACAAUAAAGAUGUCCGGUAUGGAGCCCAACUGCUUCAAGUAUGAGCCCCCAGCAGAAGUAAUCAAGGCCUCCAAGUCAGCUGCUUCCAGUUACAACCGUGAACAUGCAGCAGCUUCAAAUGCUGGCUCAGAAUGCACCUAAGGUAAUGAUUUUCCAUCUUUUAAAAAAAAAUGUCUAUUUGUUUUGCAACUAAGUCACUCACAGCACUUCACCGCGCGCUAAAAUUGUACUUGUUCAAAAGUCUCACUCAAACAGUUUCCUAAAAGUUGGCAGCCCUGCACACACACACACACACACACACACACAGAAAACGCUUUUAGUACUGGAAUCCAGCACAGUGCUGAUGUGGUAGCUGGCUGCUGCCCACUGCAUAUGUUAAAACAUGAAUACAAUGGUGUGACAUUCUGAACGUUUUGAACCUGGAAAAAGAUUUUGUGACGCCUAUGUUUCCCAAGUUAAGCUACAUUUGUAGGCUUUAUUCCAGGCACAUCAAUAGUCACAUCUAUCAACUUCAAUGGAAAACAUACAGGGUAUCUCCCAGACUGGAAAAAAACCCGUUUUAGGUCUAUCUGCAUUUUGUCUGGUUUUUUCUUUCUUUCUUUUGGCGCGUAUUGAAUUCCCGCCACGUCGAGUCUAGUCGGUUCAUUCUUUUUAUUACUUGCAUGUUUGAUUGACUUGAGUGUUUAAAUACAAGCUCAACGCGAAUGGCUGGUACAGCGGGUGGGCGGAGUCAGAGUACUUCACGGGGAAAAAAGCCUCUCCCUUUUACUACGUCUGUAUAUCAGUGUAUUACCGCUGAAAAGCAAACAGUAGUGAAUGCCGGUGGUGUUGUGUUCAUAUCGUCGUGUGGCAAUACUUUAUUAUUAUUAUUUAUUUAUUUUGGUUGCAUUGUAACUUAUUUGUUAUUGCUGUCUCGGACUUGAACUUGGCGAAUAUCUACUGGAUAUAUAUCUAUAUAUAUAUAUAUAUAUAUCUAUAUAUAUAUAUAUAUAU